UAACCUUAACUACGGUUAAAAUAUUUAACCGAACCAUGGUUAACUAUUUCUACUAGAUAAAGCUCUGCCGGUGAAUGACCAAACAAACAACAAAAAAAAAUAACAAAACUCUUUCACCUCCGACAAAACAUGAUGAUCGGAGAAACUCGCCGGACGUACCCAACGGUGGAGAUUCCUACAUGGUCUGUCACCGAGGAGCUUUUUUCUCCGGCGAUGAACAGCCCGGACUGCGCCAUGCUCGAAGCCUUAGCGGCGCUGCAGCGUUAUCUCCCGUCAAACGACCCGGAUCCGGAUUCCGACCCGGAUAUGCUCGGUCCGGACUCUCCCGUCGACGCUUACUCGUGCGAUCAUUUCCGCAUGUACGACUUCAAAGUCAGGAGGUGCGCUCGCGGCCGGAGCCACGACUGGACGGAGUGUCCGUACGCUCAUCCCGGAGAGAAGGCUCGCCGGAGAGAUCCGACGAAGUAUAGCUACUCCGGGACGGCUUGCCCCGACUUCCGCAAAGGCGGUUGCAUCAGAGGAGACUCGUGCGAGUUUGCUCAUGGGGUGUUCGAGUGCUGGCUUCACCCCGCUCGUUACCGUACUCAGCCGUGCAAAGACGGAGGUAACUGUCGCCGGAGAGUUUGUUUCUUCGCUCACUCGCCGGAUCAGCUUAGGUCUCUCCAUAACCGGAGCCCCGACCGGGUUGAUUGCUUUGACGUGUCGUCUCCGGUUCGUAGAGCGUUUCAGCUCUCGGUUUCUCCGGUUUCGAGCUCGCCGCCGAUGAGUCCGAGGCUGAGUCGCUCUCUCGGGUGUAGCUCCGUAAACGACGUCGUGUCAUCGUUUAGGAACUUACAGGUGAAGUCGUUUCCUUCGUCUUGCAAUAGUCCGUUGAGAUGCUACCAAUCCGGAUUCGGGUCGCCGAGAGGAUCCAUCUUGGGUCAUGGGCUUCAGAGUCUUCAUACAAUCACGAUCCGACCCGGAAAUAUGGAUACUUGGGAGAAUGGUUUAGAGGAAGAGCCCGCAGUGGAGCGGGUCGUUGAGUCGGGUCGUGAGCUACGAGCAAAGAUGUUUGAGAAACUUAGCAAGGAGAAUUGCAUGGAUCGUGCUGAACCGGAUCAGAACUCCGGUGAAGCUCCUGACGUCGGGUGGGUAUCUGAGCUGGUGAUGUAAGAGAAAAAAAAACCCGACCCGUACCUGGAUAUCAAAAAUCUCAUUGAUAAGGCAGCAAAUGGAGAAGUGUGUUCAUAUUAUUAAUUACUAAUUUCGUAUUAUCCGGUCAUAAUAAUUAAAUAUGGAUUUUUGUGGAGGAUUUUGAGAAGACUAUGAAAUCUCGUUGUAUAGAUGUGCCUAAGGUUUUAAUUAUGGAUUAGUAAUAUAUCUAUUAUUAUAAAUAAAUAUGGUAUCGUGUUUAUUAAGAAUAUAAUGUUAAAUGUAACUCGGUUGUUAUUAUCAUUGAAUGAAUGCUAAUUUUUUUUUCUACA